CCGAAACAAAAAGGCACAGCUCUACAUCUCUGCCGAAUCUUCUGAUUAUUUCUUAUCAAACUUCUCAUUAUCACUCAUUUGAGUGAGCUUCCCCGUUUUAUUUUUAAAACACUGCUGAGUCUUGCCUGGAAGUCUCAAUGACCGUAUCUUCAGAACAUAUACACUAAUGCACAUCAACCAAACCUUGGACUUUGUAAAGAAAAAGCACUCUCAGUGGUCCAGCUGCAACCACAGUCGGAUGGGGAUGAUGGAUGCCAUCAUGUGUCUUGACCAGCUGGUGGACGAGUCGGAUCCUGAUGUGGACUUCCCCAACUCUUUCCAUGCCUUCCAGGCUGCUGAGGGCAUCCGCCAAGCCCACCCAGAUAAAGAGUGGUUCCAGUUGGUGGGUUUGAUCCAUGACGUUGGGAAGAUCAUGGCUCUUUGGGGUGAACCCCAGUGGGCCGUAGUGGGUGACACCUUCCCCGUGGGCUGCAAGUUUCAAAACUCAAUUGUGUUCAGAGACAACACCUUCCUGGAUAACCCAGAUGCCAAAAAUCCAAGCUACAAUACUGAAUAUGGGAUCUAUGGACCAAACUGUGAGCUGGACAAAGUCCUCAUGUCCUGGGGCCAUGAUGAGUAUCUAUACAGAGUUCUGAAGUUCAACAACUGCUCCAUCCCAGAGGAAGGGUUAUACAUGAUUCGCUUCCAUUCGUUCUACCCCUGGCACUCCCAUGGAGACUACAUGCAUUUGUGCAGUGACAAAGAUAAGCAAAUGCUGCCCUGGGUCCAAGAGUUCAACAAAUUUGACCUGUACACAAAGACCACUGAUCUGCCUGACAUCGACAAGCUGAAGCCAUACUAUCAGACUCUGAUUGACAAGUACUGUCCCGGGAUACUGAAGUGGUAAAUGAGCUGGAGAAAACCCACAGAAGCCCAGGGAGAGCAUGCAACCUCCACACCGAGAGGACCCCAGAAGCUUCUUGCCAUGAGGCAUCAGCACCAACCACUUCACCACUGUGCCGCCUGUUAGGUAUUUUUAGUCA